AUGGUAGUUCAUCUCAUUCUUCUCAUCUCUCAAAACCUAUUUCACUCAGAGAGUUUUCAUGCUGGAUCUAUACCGGGUCAUAAAGUUAUCAACCGUGAUCGAGAAAACGCCUCUCGUAAUCUUUUCAACGAUUAUUUUGCAGACAAUCCUUUGUUUCCUGAGACGAUGUUCCGACGAAGAUAUCAGAUGAGUCGUCCUUUGUUUCUUCGUAUUUAUGAGGCAAUACAAAGUCAUGACAAUUACUUUGUCCAGCGAAGAGAUGGUGUCGGUAAACUGGGGUUAUCUGGUUUACAAAAAAUAACGGCUGUAUUCCGAAUGCUAGCAUACGGUUUGCCGGCGGAUUCCACCGAUGAGUAUAUCAAAAUUGGUGAGUCUACUACUAUAGAAAGUAUGAAACGAUUUUGCCGUGCUGUUGUCGAGGUGUUUUCCAGCCGCUAUCUUCGAUCACCAGACGCUAACGAUGUCGCACGACUACUCAACAUUGGUGAACGUCGAGGAUUUCCAGGUAUGUUGGGUAGUUUAGAUUGUAUGCACUGGAAAUGGAAAAACUGCCCAACAGCUUGGGGAGGACAAUAUGCUGGUCGUAGUGGAUCUCCUACUAUUAUUUUAGAAGUCGUAGCUGAUUAUGAUCUUUGGAUUUGGCAUGCAUAUUUUGGUUUACCAGGAUCUAACAAUGAUAUUAAUGUGCUAGAGGCAUCCCAUCUUUUUGCUAAUCUAGCUGAAGGAACUGCUCCACCUGCUAAUUAUGUUAUUAAUGGGAAAAAUUAUAAUAUGGGUUAUUAUCUAGCUGAUGGUAUAUAUCCAAAAUGGUCUACUCUUGUUCAAACAAUUCACGAUCCACGUGGUCCCAAAAAGAAAUUGUUUGCAAAGAAGCAAGAAGCAUGUAGAAAAGACGUGGAACGUGCAUUUGGAGUAUUGCAGUCAAGAUUUGCAAUUGUGGCUGGACCUGCACGUUUUUGGAGUAAGAGAGUGUUACAUGAUAUAAUGACCACUUGUAUCAUAAUGCAUAAUAUGAUUAUAGAGGAUGAACGUGAUGUGGACGCACCUAUUGAAGAAAGAGUCGAAGAUCCAACUGUAGAAGUUGAAAUGGCAAGCGACAAUGAUGCUCGAUUUCAAGAAUUUUUAGCUCGACACAGACAGAUUAAAAACCGUGAAGCACAUAUUGAACUUCGAAAUGCAUUAAUUGAGCACUUAUGGUUCGAAUUUACUAAUUCUGAAAAUUAG